AUGUACAGGGUGUCGGACAAGAACAAAACUCCAAAGGAAGUUGUUCAAAGAAUACUUUAUGCAUAUGAACGUAGGUUUCCAACAUGUCCGCAAAUUCCCGUUUUUGUUGGUUGCGAGAUAGUUUCAGACGAGGAGAGUGAUAACGGUGCUAUUCGAAUAACGGAACGAAGAUGCAAACUCAAUGUAGAUGCGCCAUAUAUCUUGAAAAAGAUAAUCGGCGUAGACUUUGUAUACUUUAUCCAAAAAAAUUUUUUGGAUAGGCAAAAUUGUAUUCUAGAAAUAGAAGCGUACAAUGAAAGCUUUUCCUCAAGAGUAACAGUUAUUGAAAAAUGCAGAUAUUUUGUUCACCCUGAAAAUCAAGAUUGGACAUGUUUCGAGCAAACUGCAAGUUUAGAUAUAAAAAAUUUUUUUGGUUUUGAGAAUUCCAUGGAAAAAUUGGCAAUGAAACAGUAUGCUCAAAACAUUGCAAAGGGUAAAGAAAUAAUAGAAUAUUUUAUAAAUGAAUUAAAAGACGAAGGCAUUGUUUAUGUGGCCCCGUGGAUGGACCCAAAACAAGAGUCUGUGAAGGAAGAUAGGGAUAAUGUUGCCGAAAAUCAAGAAGCUCACAGUGAAAGUGACACUUACUCAUAUACAGACAAAUUACAAACCAGAGAAAUGCAACUUUCUUCAGAUUACAUAGAAAGAUAUUUAGGUAAGCUUGACAUGAUUCAAGAGAGCAAACUUGUUCAGUUGUCACAAAGUAUAAAAGAAUUAAGGGGCAGCUCUGUACCUGGUGAUGCAACACUCUUAAGAUUUUUGAGAGCGGCAGAGUUUUCUGUUGAAAAGGCGAAGGAUAUGUUGACACACUCAUUACAUUGGCGAAAGAAGCAUCAGAUUGACAAACUCCUCGAAGAGUAUGAGCUGCCACAAGUAGUGAAAGAUUAUUUCCCUGGCGGCUGGCAUCAUUUUGACAAAGAUGGACGUCCUUUAUAUAUCUUAAGAGUAGGUCAAAUGGACGUAAAAGGUUUAUUGAAAUCUAUCGGAGAAGAUGAUUUAUUAUUACUUGCACUUCAUGUUUGCGAAGAAGGUCUUCUUCUUAUGGAUGAUGCAACUACUAAUGCUGGUUAUCCAAUUUCUCAGUGGACUUUACUGAUAGACUUGGAAGGUUUGAACAUGCGUCAUUUGUGGAGACCCGGCAUAAAG